CACGGACUCAGAGGAGACAGUCUCUGAGUAACGCUCCUGCAACACCUGGCUGCCAAGCUCAGGAGAGAAGGAUGAAGUUUGCUCUCCAUGCUGCGCUGUCCUUGGGGAUAUUGGUGCUCUGUCUUGCUGAUCCUCCAGCCCAAAGUCCAGUCCGAUGGUGCACAAUAUCCGAUCCAGAGCAGAAGAAAUGUGUGGAACUGAAGACGAAAAUGUCCUCAACCCCUUCAUUAGACUGUGUGAAGAAAACAACUUACUCUGACUGCAUAAAAGCCAUUGCAGAGAAUGAAGCAGAUGCCAUUAGUCUGGAUGGUGGCCACAUUUUCGAAGCACACCUUGCCCCGUAUAAUCUGAAGCCUGUUGUGGCUGAGGUCCAUGGCACAGGAAAAGAUGCGGCCACCAGCUACUAUGCUGUGGCCGUGGUGAAGAAAGGAACCGGCUUCACAAUAGGGGAACUUAAAGGGAAGAAAUCCUGCCACACAGGGUUGGACAGGUCUGCUGGCUGGGUCAUUCCCAUUGGGACCCUCUUGUACCAUCAAACCCUAUCCUGGGAUAGAGCCACUCCCAUAACCCACGCUGUGGCCCAGUUUUUCUCAGCCAGCUGCGUCCCUGGUGCCCCCGCAAAUGAACCAAAUCUGUGCCGCUUAUGCCUUGGGACAGGUGCUCAGAAAUGUUCCCGUACUGGGCCUUAUUCUGGCUAUUCUGGAGCCUUUCAGUGUCUGAAAGAUGGAGCUGGAGAUGUAGCUUUUGUCAAACACACAACUGUUCUAGAAAAUGACGCAAGUGGGAAAGACAAGUAUGAGCUGCUGUGUGAAGAUGGUUCCCGGAAGCCUGUAGAUAAGUAUCAUGAGUGUCACUGGGCCAAAGUUGCUGCUCAUGCUGUUGUGGCUCGAAGCGUUGAUGGCCGGGCUGAUGAGAUCUGGAGCUUCCUCUCUCAGGCGGAGGCAAAGUAUGGCAAGAACUCAAAAGAGAGCUUCAAACUCUUCAGCUCUCCUUAUGGGAAAGAUCUGCUUUUUAAGGAUUCUGCUACCAAUUUUAUCCGUGUCCCUCGACUGAUGGAUGCCCAAUUCUACCUGGGCUACCAGUACUGGGCUGCUAUUCAGAGUCUCAGGCCAGUUGCUUCCCUAGAAACUCCUGAAGCCCCUUUGAAGGUGAAGUGGUGCACAGUAAGUAAGGAUGAAAAGGCCAAGUGUGAUGAAUGGAGUGCAGUGAGCGGAGGCAGCCUGGACUGUGCAGUGGCAGAAACCACAGAGGAAUGCAUUGCCAAGAUAACGAAAGGUGAUGCGGAUGCCAUAAGCUUGGACGGAGGUUAUGUCUACACGGCUGGUACAUGUGGUUUGGUGCCAAUCAUGGGAGAAUACUACGGGGAUGACAUUACACGAUGCCAGAAUGAAGGAGCACCCGGAGAAACCUAUUACGCUGUGGCUGUGGUGAAGAAAUCCAACCCCAGUAUCACCUGGAAGAACCUGCGUGAUAAGAAGUCUUGUCAUACAGCUGUUGGGAGAACUGCUGGCUGGAAUGUCCCCAUGGGCUUGAUUCACAAUGAAACUGGGAGCUGCAACUUUGAUAAGUUCUUCAGUAAAGGCUGUGCUCCUGGAUCUCCAGUUACCUCACCACUCUGCGAGUUGUGUGUGGGCUCAGGCAGCAGCCUCCCACCAAAUUACAUGUGUGCCGCCAACAGCAAUGAGAGAUACUAUGGAUACAGCGGAGCCUUCCGGUGCCUGGUUGAGAAGGGAGACGUGGCCUUUGUUAAGCACACAAUUGUCAGUGAGAACACCGAUGGACAUAAUAAAGCUGACUGGGCAAAGGGGCUGAGAAGUGACCAAUUCGAGUUGCUGUGCCGGGAUGGAACUCGCGCCCGUCCUGAUGAAUACAAGAAAUGCCACCUGGCUCUAGUUCCUGCCCAUGCUGUGGUCACACGUCCAGACAGAGCAACUGCUGUCCGUGAGAUGCUGAUAAACCAACAGGCAUUGUAUGGAAGCCAUGGAUCUCAGAAAGCUAUCUUCCAGAUGUUUCAGUCUGAAACCAAGGACCUUUUAUUCAAGGAUUCCACCACGUGCCUGAUUCAACUCUCCAGAGGAACAACCUAUGAGCAGUACCUGGGAAAAGACUACUUUGAUUCUAUCUCUAGUCUCAAUAAGUGCUCACCAUCAGAACUCCUCCAGGUCUGCAGCUUCAGUGACUUGGGACACGUGGCUGUCAGCGCGGGGCAGGGGAUGGCGCCGGAGGGCGACCAGCGAAGUGGGCUGCAGCCCUACCUGGACUCGCUGCGGCAGGAGCUGCAAGUGCUGGACUCGACCCUGCUCUCGGUGCUGCUGGCGCUGCUGGCCGUGGCCCUGACCCUGCUGGUUUGGAAACUUAUCCGGGGCAGGAAGAGCAGCCGGAGGACGGUGCUUCUGGUAGGCCUUUGUGACUCAGGAAAAACACUGCUGUUUGUCCGACUGUUAACAGGCACUUACCGAAACACCCAGACCUCCAUAACUGAUAGCUCUGCUGUUUACAGAGUCAGUAAUGACAAGGGCUCUAGUGUGACGCUGAUUGACCUCCCAGGCCAUGAGAGCUUGCGACUUCAGUUCUUGGAGAAGUUCAAAGCUACAGCUAGAGCGAUCGUGUUUGUCGUGGACAGCGUAGUGUUCCAGCGGGAGGUGAAGGAUGUGGCAGAGUUCCUGUACCAGGUCCUGACUGACUGCACUGUGCUGAAAAACGCUCUGCCACUGCUGAUAGCCUGCAACAAGCAAGAUAUCACGAUGGCAAAAUCGGCCAAGCUUAUUCAGCAGCAGCUGGAGAAAGAACUCAACACCUUACGAGUGACUCGCUCAGCUGCCCCCAGCACCUUGGAUGGCUCAACCUCCAGCGGGACUGCUCAGCUGGGGAAGAAGGGCAAGGAGUUUGACUUCUCACAGCUGCCCAUGAAGGUGGAGCUGGUGGAGUGCAGCGCCAGAGGCAGCAAGGCAGAGGAAGGCAGUGCUGACAUCGAGGACUUGGAGAAAUGGCUGGCCAGGAUUGCCUGAAAGCAGGGGGGGAGGAGGGAGGCAGAAACUAGCAAAGGGGAAACUAAUGAUAAAGGCAUUUGGCAUCUGAUACGGAAGUACUGAUGGGAAGGGGUGGGGCCCAAAAUGUAAUCUUGCUAUGGAAAGAACUUCAGGCAUGCGCCGGCAGUAAAUGCACUGUUACUUGC